AUGGGUAGACCAUCGUCCAAAUCAUCGAUUGUGAGUCAGUUUGCGGAUAAACUGUCACCAAAUGAAUACAAGUGUAAAUUAUGCUCCAAGACGUACCACUGUGGAACAGGGACAAAUGCCAACAUCCGUCGCCAUUUAGCGAAUGCUCAUGGGAAAACGAAUUUGUACUCUAAAAGCCAAGUGCCACGCAAUCCUGAUUCGAUCGCCCCAGAGAAAAAACGGAAGUUCGAUGAUGCUGCCAUCAAAGCCAUUAUUUUGGAUUCUCAUUCAUUUGGAGACUUUCGUCGUGCUGGCAUGCAGUCUUUCCUGCAAGUUGCAAUGCCGGGAUACAAAGGUCCUACUGCUCGGACAGUUCAGAGGAAUUUGAAGGCACUGAUACAGCAGUUGAAAAAGAUUUAA